AGCGGAACCCGCGCGUCCCCGCCCGCCCGGCCGUCAGCUGAUGGGCCGCUCGCCGCGGAGGCCGCAGCCGCCGCUGCCGCGCGAACAUGGCGGCCGAGAUCCACUCCAGGCCACAGAGCAGCCGCCCGGUGCUGCUGAGCAAGAUCGAGGGGCACCAGGACGCUGUCACGGCCGCGCAGCUUAUCCCCAAGGAGGACGGCGUGAUCACUGCCAGCGAGGACAGAACUAUCCGAGUAUGGCUGAAAAGAGACAGCGGUCAGUACUGGCCCAGCAUUUACCACACGAUGGCUUCUCCUUGCUCUGCUAUGGCUUACCAUCAUGAUAGCAGACGGAUAUUUGUGGGCCAGGAUAACGGAGCCGUGAUGGAAUUUCAUAUUUCUGAAGAUUUUAAUAAAAUGAACUUUAUCAAGACCUACCCAGCUCAUCAGAACCGGGUGUCUGCGAUUAUCUUCAGCCUGGCUGCGGAGUGGGUGAUCAGCACUGGCCACGACAAGUGUGUCAGCUGGAUGUGCACCCGCAGUGGAAACAUGCUCGGGAAGCACUUCUUCACUUCCUGGGCUUCGUGUUUACAAUACGAUUUUGAUACUCAGUAUGCUUUUGUUGGUGACUAUUCUGGACAGAUCACCUUGCUGAAGCUCGAACAGAACACCUGUUCCGUUAUUACAACCCUUAAAGGACAUGAAGGUGGCAUCGCCUGCCUCUGGUGGGAGCCCAUCCAGCGGUUGCUCUUCUCAGGAGCCUCUGACAACAGCAUCAUCAUGUGGGACAUUGGAGGAAGGAAAGGCCGCACGCUCUUGCUCCAGGGACAUCAUGACAGGGUGCAGUCGCUGUGUUACCUUCAGCUCACGAGGCAGCUGGUCUCCUGUUCCUCGGACGGCGGAAUCGCGGUGUGGAACAUGGACGUUAGCAGAGAGGAGGCUCCUCAGUGGUUAGAAAGUGAUUCUUGUCAGAAGUGUGAGCAGCCCUUUUUCUGGAAUAUAAAGCAGAUGUGGGACACGAAGACACUGGGGUUGAGACAGCAUCACUGCAGGAAGUGCGGGCAGGCUGUCUGUGGGAAGUGCAGCAGCAAGCGCUCCAGCUACCCUGUCAUGGGCUUCGAGUUCCAGGUCCGAGUGUGUGAUUCUUGCUACGACUCCAUCAAGGACGAGGAUCGGACUUCUCUAGCAACCUUUCAUGAAGGAAAACAUAACAUCUCCCACAUGUCCAUGGACGUCGCUAGGGGCCUGAUGGUGACCUGCGGGACCGACCGCGUGGUGAAGAUUUGGGACAUGACGCCCGUGGUGGGCUGCAGCCUGGCGACCGGCUUCUCUCCACAUUGAUCUGGGAGCCUGACGGGGUCUGCGCCUUCCCAGCAGCCGCCUUCACCACAUGCGAUGCUUCCCCGUAGCUCCACAGUCGCUGUCAUGUGAAUGGACAGUAGCCACUAAAAAAAAACAAAGCAACAUUUUUAUAAAGAAAAAAACGUCAAGGUGUGUUUCUGGGCGUUUGUGGAGCUACCCGUGGGGACUGACGUCGUGGGUCCCCAAGGAGUGGAAUGAGUCCAACGAGACAUCCUCACGAUUGGUGAGCUGACGCGUUACCGAGACGGUAAUUUAGCACAUGAGACUUUCGGAGGAAAGAUACUGAACAAAAGAGUUAAUGCCUAGGCCUUUCUUCAAGCAGUUCCAAGUACAAACACACUUUCCCACAGACUUGCUGGGCCCACAGCCCCCCCGCUCCGUGCUUCUUUGCUGUCAGAGCAGCGGUGGGGGGCAGACCAGUUCUCUCUCUCGGGGGUGCACUGGGACCCAGGACCAGAGAUCCUGCCCGCCUGCUGGCAGUCUGUGAAUAUUCUGUGCCCAUAGUCAUCGACAAGCUCCUCUUCAGGGUCUGCUCGCUCCAGGUAGUGCCGUCAUCUGCCACACUUAGCCUGUGGCUCACUUCCGUCGUUUGUCCUCCCAGCCAGCGUGCCAGGGAGCGAACCUUCACGGUUGUUACUAAGUGAACUGUGCAGUUUCUGCGCUAAUGACCAAGGCAGUCCACACGCUUCCUUUUACCCCACAUGUGCUCUAUGGUGCUGUUAUCACAGGGCUCAGCCAGCCGCCUGACUUUCUCUCAUUGCAGUUGGUGAUGACUAAUGGAAAACCCAGCCACCAGCACGAUUGUGAUGGGAAAUGAUGAGGCUGUUCCAUGGAACAGCCCAGCCCUCCUGAAAGACACACGGUCUAUUUGCAGUUCCAAGAUGAGCCCCCGUGACAUUGUGGCAAUUUAAUAGACAGCUCAGUUCUUUACUCCAAAGCGUUUUAAACUAGUCUGACUUUUAGUUGUAACUUACUACUAUUUCAUAGAAGGAAAUCGGUAACCCAGAGCAGUCAUUGUUUGCUGGGUCCUGCACAGUAAUUCCUAACUUGUAAAUGUCUUUCAUGACAAUUAGCAAAAUCUGUUGCAUCAAAAUGGCAUUUUAAAAGUUCUUGGCCACUUAGUACUAGAAUGCGGAGCAGGUAGGCAAUGGGGAGCCUGUCUUUUAAUAUUCCGAUGUUUGCUUGUUCGUUUUUAACACCAGUACAUGUAUCUGUUUCUUGGGGGCUGUGGAAGUGAGUGGAGAGAGUUCUACUUUUUUUAAGGACAGAUUUGAAAAUAGAUAUCAACCGUAUUUUUGUUAGUCUUACUAGUGGUUAUUGAAAAACACUGCUUCACUUUGAGGGGGAGUCAUAUCAAGCCAGCAUCAUUCUGUGUGAUAUAACUAAAGAGACUAAAUGGUUUGUAAUAAUAGCUGUUAAUUACAAUGUUUUGAAUAGCAGUUUAAGACAGGCCGUUAAACUAAGAUGUCUUAAUGGCCGAGUGGCACAAAUAAGGAAAGGAAGUCAGGCACAUCAUGCUCGAGAAUCACCUGCAGCAGCAGUUGACUUGCCUCCGGAAGUGAGUCUGAGGGGUUUUGUUGCCCCUUAUAGUCUGUGUUCUGUAACCUGAAGAUGAUGUCUUCUUUCAAACUCUUCCUGUACCCUUUGCAGGAUGCGUGUUACUGACACAGUCCAGAGGAAAAACUGAGUGAUGGUAACUUGAACGGCAGUGUUGAAUGUUAGCUUUGGUUUAGUUAAUGGAUCAGCUCAUACAAAGGUGCUAUCCUGGGGAUUGUAUGAAGUCCUGAAAGGAAAAUAGGAUAUGAUCUAUUCCUUGCCAGGUUGAAGACUGCUGAACUGUGGUUUUGCUCUCCUCUAACUUCUGUAAAAUGUGAUUUUAUGGUGUCUGUGGUAGACUGAGCAAAGUGUGGCAGCUGUGGAGACUAUGCUGUAGCUUUCCAUCUUUUUUGUUUAAAAAAAUUCUUAAUGAAAAACCCAAUGUUUCAUAGAGAACGUAAGACUGACACAGUGCCUCCUGAGGGGUUAAGCUACUAUAAGUCAAGGAAGAAAGGUGUAUAUUUAAAGAAGAUUUAGAUUGGGGUGUCCAGAAAAGGACAGGAGAAUGUUUCAAUAUAUUUUCUCUCCCCCAGGGCCUGUUACCUUUUUUUUUUUUUUUUUUUAAACACACGUGGCAGGCUCAUCUGUCUCUAGCACACACCGGGUAGCAAAUGGGGUAAUAUUUUUUAUAGAGGGGGGGCAAAAAUUAUUUUCACAAUUUUACCAACUAGGCAUGUAAAGUACAGCCAGACUUCCAGUUAUUGCCUUAUUUUCCCUGUGUUACAGCUCACUUAAAACAGUUUUUCAAGGAAAGGUUUACCAGUUUUUCCAUUCCUGAAUACUCAACGCUAGGUUGCGGUUGGGGAUCAUGAAGCACAGAAUGUCAGAGAAGAUCCUUCUGUUUAGAUCUAGUGUGUAUGUGAUCAGGACUUGCCAAUUCCUCAUUUUAAACAUGUUUCAAAAUUGCUCUUUAUUAGUGCAAGGGCUAGGACUACCCUUAUAGUAUUAGAUUAAAACAGAUCAUUCAUUAUAUUGUAAAUCUCUGUUUUGCUGUGUCCUAGUUCUGUCGUACUACCUAGAGAUGUAAACAGAACAUACUGCUCUAGAAAGUGGUGUCUCUUUGUUCUCCCCCUGAAGAAUACAGUUUGUUAAUACCUACGUUUUUAGACUGUUGAAACUGGCCCAAGUAUGGAAGAAAUACCAUAUUGGCUCAGACCCAAGGAGAUGUUUUCUAGAAUCAACUUUCAUUAAUUUACUUCCAACUUCUGUUCCUGGAUCUGGUGUCUCCUAAAACGUAAGAAACCAGACACUACUAAUGACAAAUCAUCUGCUCAUUAUAAAUGUGAGGUUUAACAAAUAAGUAAUACAUGCUAUAUUUUAUUCAAGUGUCUAUUGCUUAAUUGUUAAUUGUGAGCGGAUUAUUGAAUGCCUACUCUAUUUUCUGCAGUUUACUGUACAGUAACUCUUUGAGUAAGUUGAAGUUUAAUUGUGCAACAAAUUUAUAUUAGAAUACAAUUUAAAGUGCUUUUCCUCUAUAGACUUUUUUGACCAGAGAAGCAAAGGGCAGUGUUGAUUAGUACAUUUUGUCUUGUACUAGCCAUGUUUCUGUAAGAUAGGAUGCCCUGCGUAUCCCAGAGAGCUAGAAAACUGUUCUUUGCUCUCAUUUGUGGGUUCCAUUUUUGUGUUUUUUUGAGAACAUGCGUACAAUAAAAUGUUCCUUGCUUGUUACUCUGUUGCCUAAUUUAGCUUUUGUUAUGUUUCCCCUGGACAUUGAACAGCAAUAGUAGCUACCACAGUGAUUAAUGCUCUGCCUGCAUUGUAUGAUUCAGACCUGGCAACACUUCUGCAAGGCAUCAUUUUUUCCUUUUACAAGUGAGAAAACCAAGUAGGUCCUAGAUCCUGUCUGUCUGUCUGUCUGACUUGAAAGCCCAUGCCUUCAUACUGCCUGCCUCAAUGUGCUGGUGUGCAUUGAGUGUUUUAUAUAUAGGAAGUAGGUGUCAUCUGUUUUGAAGUGUGUGAAGCCGUGGAGUGAGAUUGCUCAGGACCUCCAGGCUCCUGAGGGCACUGAACUACAUGGAGGCAGCAUCAUCCCUGUCCUAGGUCCCCACCUCAACAGCUCAGUUUUACAAAGAAACACAGGGUGGUUCUGACCCAGGAGAACCGAUUCCUUGGCUUGACUGAUGAGAGGUUGAUUUAGAGAUCAGGAUGGCAGGUUUUUGAGGAUUUUUUUUUAAGCUAAGCUUUAUUUUCUUUCAUCUUCAAAAUAAUAUGCUUAUUAUAAUAAAAAGAAAAGGAAGGGUUUGGGAUGGAAAUGUAAAAUUGCAUUGUGAUGGUGGCUGUACAACUAUAAAUAUAAUAAAACUCUUUGAGUUAAAAAAAGGAAAAUAAAAAGAUAAUACCAAAAGUAUCUUAAAAGGAUCUUUAAAAACCUGAGUCCACCCGCCCAGAGAAAACACUAUUAAACUUACGCUGUAUUUAUUUCCAGGGUUUUUUGAAUGUACGUGUACAUAUGUAACACACACUUAGUAAUAACGUUUUUAAUGGGGCCCUGCUUCCCCCCCCGCCACCUGAUAGAGUAUGGAUAGUUUGCCCAUGUCAGAAAAUUGUGUACCCUGUUAGCAUUUUCAUUUGCUGCAAAGUUGCAGUGGACACUAGCUCUAUGCUGUCCAAACGUGUACUGGCACUGCCAGUCUCCAACUCUGAGAGGCUGGGCACGUGACUUGCUUUAGCCAGUGAAGUACAGGCGGAAGCAUUUAAUCGCAGGCAGGAGGCUCAACCACCAGUUUCUUCCCUAACAGUCAGGGAGGUACGUGCUGGUAGAGGAUGAGGAUGCCCAGCUGUCCCUUGGAGCCAAACUUGCCCUGGAGCUGCAGUGGAUUUUGCAUGAGGGAAAAAUAAAUCUUUGUUGUUUUAA